AUGACCCCGCAGCCAGUCUGUGCCCCACGGCUCCCGGCACCAGCCAUGGGGGCUUGUGCGGCCAACGGAGCUGCCGCCGCCGCCGCCGCCUUCUUCCCCAGGGCCACUCGGGGAGCCGCGUUCGUCUCUAGCCUUCUCAUGGGAUUGGUGUUCCUUGGCACCACUGGUGCUCCAUCAAAGCUGACCUCUGAACAGAAUGCCAUAAGCCUCUCUUCUAGCAAAUACAGCCACUUUGACCGUGCCACUAACAGAGAGGAGACUUGUGACAAGUGUCCUGCAGGAACCUAUGUGUCGAAGCACUGUACAAAUACAACUGUAAGAGAGUGUAGCAGCUGUGUCAGCGGGACCUUUACAAAGCACAAAAAUGGUAUAGAGAGAUGCCAUCCAUGUAGAAAGCCUUGUGAGCUGCCGAUGGUUGAGAGAACACGUUGCACUGCUUUGACUGACCGUGAAUGCGCCUGUCCACCUGAUAAGUUUCUAAGCAAAGACACUUGCGUCACCUACUCAGUGUGCCCUGUGGGAUGGGGCGUAAGAAAGAAAGGAACUGAUACCGAAGAUGUCAGGUGCAAACAGUGCCCUUCUGGCACUUUCUCUGAUGUGCCUUCUAGUGCUUUGAGAUGCAAAAUGUUCACAAACUGUUCACAAAAGAACAUGGUGGUGAUAAAGCCAGGGACAAAAGAGAGAGAUAACACCUGUGGACUUCCAUCAACUCCCCUGAAUGCAGUUGGGCUUUUGUCCAGUCCAGAAGAGAAUGAAAAACAUUACCAAGUACCUUCUGCUACUCUUCUUCCCAAAGGUGUGAAUUCUUCAGCUUCCAACUUGGCUGCCACCUCUACCCAAAACACAUCCAUUGACAGGAUGGGGCCAACAGAUGUUUACAAUGAAACUUCAAAAAAUGAGACAGUAGCUGUUAAUGUGACUGCUCUGGAGUAUUCUAAGCCUUUGAAUCACCAGCAAAUCAUUUACCACAAAGAUGCCCCAUCCAUUCUGAAAAUCCAGCCAGCAGUGGAAAUGAGUGGUAGUAUAAAAUCCAGCAUUCCUUACAACCCCCCCAAAAGAGGAUCCGCACGACAGGCUGCCCACAGGCACUUUGAUAUCAAUGAACAUUUGCCCUGGAUGAUAGUCCUGCUGCUGCUGCUUGUUCUGGUGGUGAUUGUUGUGUGCAGUGUCCGAAAGAGUUCAAGGACUCUGAAGAAAGGACCUAGACAAGAUCCCAGUGCCAUUGUGGAAAAAUCCGUUAUGAAAAAAUCUCCCACUCCAACCCAGAAUAGGGAGAAAUGGAUCUACUAUUGCAAUGGGCAUGGCAUUGACAUUUUGAAGCUGGUGGCAGCCCAAGUUGGAAGUCAGUGGAAGGAUAUCUAUCAAUUCCUGUGCAAUGCAAGUGAGAGGGAGGUGGCAGCUUUCGCCAAUGGCUAUUCUGUUGACCAUGAAAGAGCCUAUGCUGCUUUACAGCAUUGGACCAUCAGGGGCUCUGAAGCCAGCCUUGCCCACCUGAUCAGUGCUCUCCGCCAGCACAGGCGCACCGAUGUGGUGGAGAAGAUCAGAGGCUUGAUGGACGAUACGACACAGAAACCGCUGUCUCCUAGUUCUUCGAAAGUCCUUUUAGAAAACUUUGAGGCUGAUAAAUUGACCCUUCCUGAAAGUCCUGGUCCUCUCAGCCCCAUUCCCAGCCCAAAUCCAACACCAGAUGCAACCAUUCUCCCUGUGGAACCAUCGCCCUUGAAGAACAAGUGCUUCUUUGUGGAUGAGUCAGAACCUCUUCUACGCUGUGAUUCAACUUCCAGUGGUUCCUCUGCCCUUAGUCGAACAGGCUCCUUUAUUACCAAAGAAAAAAAAGACACAGUGCUGCGCCAGGUGCGUCUGGACCCCUGUGACUUGCAGCCCAUCUUUGACGACAUGCUUCACAUUCUGAACCCAGAGGAGCUCCAUGCUAUAGACGAGAUUCCACAGGCGGAGGACAAGCUGGAUAGACUGUUCGAAAUUGCUGGGGUCAAGAGCCAGGAAGCGAGCCAGACACUCCUGGAUUCAGUCUAUAGCCACCUGCCUGAUCUGCUUUAGACCUCAGUCGCCAUCUGCACGCCGCGCGCACACUCUGGCUGCUGCUUGUACUAGCUUGGCACUUGUUAAAGGCAAUGGACAACACACAGGCAGGAUAUUGGGUAGAACUUGUGGCCAGUAUUUUCUUCGAGCUUUUACUUUUUCUUCUCCUUGCCGGAAUGGGGGCGGGGAGACAGUUUGCAAACCUUUGCACCCUUUCGUGUUUAUUAUCUGAAUUAAAAGAUCUUGGUUUCCCCUCUUCAUUACAAUUUUUUUAAAAUUCCAAUCUGUUGUUUUAAGCACUUUAAAAAUAGAAAGCGCCCAACCCAAAUCUUCUGUUUAUACAUUACCUAUUCAAUCUGGACUCGUGCUUAAUCUGCUUCUAAACUCAGAUCUAUUUUCAGUGGGGUCUUUUACUCCCAACAGGAAUCCCCUCCUCCACUUUUCUGGUCUUUUAAAUCCUUUUUUGGUCCUAUUUGCAAAUGGAGACAUGUGAAAAACAUUGGUCAGUUUAAUCAGCUUUUCCUCAAGAUGACUUUAAAAAGAAAGAGAGAACACGGUACUGUUGUAGGAUUCCUGUUCAAUAACUAGCAGUUAUUUAUUAUAUGGUUUUCACCUGGACAAAGCAGAACAUGCUUGGGGAUGUGCUUCUCUAGAGCUAUAAAGCAAAAAUCUAACUUCUCCAGCCUUCAAGACCGUAAGACAUUUUUAGUCCGCAGCUGAAUGUAAUUCUGUACACUCAACACAAGGAAUAUUUUUGCCUUGCCACUUUAGCAUCUCAGCAGGCUUGGUCAUUUUGGAGCAGCACCUGGAGCUGGACUCUGGAACGUAAAUGAGAACCCUGGUGGUGGUGGUGCUGCAUUUCUUGUUCUAUAAGAUUUACUGAUUUGUGCUUCAAAAAGUGCAUCUUUUUGUGUGUGUGGGUGAGUUUUUUAUACAAAUGUGACCAAUAGGUAUGUUUCAAAGAUCUUGCUUGAUCUUUGCAUUCUCCCCCUCCAAUCACACCUUCACUUUUUAUUAAAAAUGCUGCAUUGUAAAAAAAAAGCAACCAACCUGUCUCUAUUAUAUUUGCAACUACUAUGCUCCAAUACAAUUCAGUCUACAGUAAUGCUCAUUUGGGACAAUAUCACAAAGGUCCUAGGCUACCCUGUUGCAUUUAGUGGGGAGGAAGAGCCAGAAGAGAGAAUGACUUUGGGAAAAACUUGCCUUCUCGUGUACUAAUUUAUUAAUAAAAACUAGGUGUUUGCUACUUGAUAAUGCUUUUGUCUUAA